AUGCCUGCUGGACAAGUGCCUCAUGCUGAUAGUGGACGGAGUGGCCACAGGUUUUUGGCACCAACUGUUAUCUAUGUAGUCAAGCUCAUCCACCCUUUGUUGUACCAGCUAAGCUUAUGCUAUGAAAAGGUUAAGUCUGAGAAAAACAGGAUCUUGAAUGACACCCUUAGUUCUACCAUACUACUGAUGGAUAGGGACACAGUAUUCUCCCUAGUCUUUUCCAUAGGCAGGAGAAGCUUGUGCAGCAACUCUUUCAAGAUAUAUUCAGUUCCUCAAGUAAGGUUAUCUCCUUUCUCGAACUUGGUGAUAACAGUAAGGAAACAGGCAGAUCUUAUCAAAUAUAGAAGAAAAGGUGGCAAGAAUAACGUGGAUAGUCACAUGUUGGGGGAGGAAGCUAAACAAAUUGGAAAUAAGAGAAGGAAGAAUGCCCAACACACAGGUUCAGUUGUGACACAAGCACCACACUUUGAUGGAUAUCAAUGGAGGAAGUAUGGACAGAAGUGGAUCUCCAAAGCAAAGCAUUCUAGGAGCUACUAUAGAUGUGCCAAUAGUAAAGACCAAGGGUGUCUUGCAACUAAGACAGUCCAACACAAGGAAUCAGAUGGAAGCGCUGGAACAGUGAGGUUGUUCGAUGUUGACUAUUACGGCCAGCACAUUUGCAAGAAGGAUGACAUAAUCCAUCCAUAUGUUGUUGAGACAACAAAAUAUAGUGCACCAAUUGUCAAUCAUAACCAAAGCAUUAGUGGGUCAACAGUUGUUCAUAAUGAUGUCCUUGGAAUUCAGGAUGAAAGCUUUGAAAACUUAUUCAUGGUGCCAAGCACGCCAGAAUAUUUGAUAGAUUUCACAGAUAUUGAAAUGGCAGGGGCACUUGAGGUUACCUCUAUGAUGAUCCCUGAAGAUAUAUGGGCGUAA